GUAGCCUUUCCCUUUAAGGAUUGUCAGAAGGCAGAGCUUUCCCUUCUUAAAUUCAAAACUCCGGCUGGGAGAUUACUUCGCCAAUGAUUGGAGUCCAAUAUCUUUAUUUUCCGCGUUACUCGACUGCGCUUUCCCUCUGAGCCUGUGGGUGGAGACUUCAAGGUUAUCAGCCCGCACCUCAAGUCUGAUCUUUAAUAAAACUCCAGUCAGCCCUCAACGUUUCUGGUGAGCGGUCAAAUUGGACUGGAUCCCUGUUUUAAAGCAAAGCCGAAGUAGAUGCUGGCUUGGCCUUGAAAUAUGGGCAGUGGUUUUUUCCCACGAAGGCAGAGCUUCCCCAGAAGAUGCCAUGAUCAGUGGUUUCACCAAAAUAAUAUACCCAAUGAAAACUUUUGGAUGGAUACUUGGAACAUGCCACAGAAUCAGUUUCCAGAGAGACCCCCUCCAUGGUGGAACCAACACCAUCCAGAGGAACAGAGGCCCUACAACAUCGGUUUUGAUGAUUACACCCGAGGUUCCUACCAUAGGCGUCCUUACCGAGAUCGUUUUAAUACAAGAUCUAAAAAGACCUUCUCAAGAGGAAGAGGUAAUUUUCAAAACCAGUCAAGUUCUCCUUUAAGCAAUGUGGCGCCAAAGAAAAAGUUUGAGAAAGUGAAAAAACAGCCAGAAGAUUCUAAGAAAUUCGAACAGGACAAGGGAAAUACUGCAGCAUCAGUGAAAAAAGAUGUCCCAUCCAAGGUCAAACCAAAAGAUAGUCAGCCUGAUGAAGAGUCUCCUAGCCAGACUGACUCUGUUACAUCUCCUGAAGUUGUUGCAGAAGAAGAAACACCAUCUGGAAUUACAAAAAUCCCUCCUCACACCCAGAAUGAAGAUAUUGUAGUGGAUAAACUGGAAGAUUGUGAGGCCACUGAAGAUCUUCUCAGUCAGACUGUCUCUAUUUUGUCUCCUGGAGUAUCCACAGAAGAUAAAACAUCAUCUUGUAGCACAGAAGUCCUUCAAGACAUUGAGGAGAAAGAUUCUGUAUUGACUGAAACUUCAGCCAAGCAGAAUGAUACAGAUCACUAUCAAACUUGUGUUGCUCCAAUUCUUGAUUCUUCCAGCCUUCCAAGUACCCUCACUGAUGUUCACUAUGAGCCUGUCCUAGUGAGAGAAAAAGAUAAUGAAUUGUCUGAAACUUCAGCCAAGCAAAAUGAUACAGAUGAUUCUCAAACUUACGUUGUUGCUCCAGCUCUUGAUUCUUCCAACCUUCUAAAUACCUUCAAUGAUGUUCACUGUGACCCUAUCCUAGUGAGAGGAAAAGAUAAUGAAUUGUCUGAAACUUCAGCCAAGCAGAAUGAUGCAGAUGAUUCUCAAGUUUAUGUUGUUGCUCCAGCUCUUGAUUCUUCCAACCUUCUAAAUACCCUCAAUGAUGUUCACUGUGAGCCUGUGCUAGUGAGAGAGAAAGAUAACGAAUUGACUGAAACUUCAACUAAGCAGAAUGAUACAGAUGAUUCUCAAGCUGAUGUUGCUCCAGCUCUCGAUUCUUCCAGCCUUCCAAGUACCCUCAAUGAUAUUCACUGUGUACCUGUGCUAGUGAGAAGAAACGUUAUUGGAUUGACUGAAACUUCAGCCAAGCAGAAUUAUGCAGAUGAUUCUCAAGUUUAUGUUGUUGCUCCAGAUCUCAAUUCUUCCAGCCUUCCAAGUACCUUUAAUGAUGUUCACUGUGAGCCUGUCCCAGUGAGAGGAAAAGAUACUGGACUGACUGAAACUUCAACUAAGCAGAAUGAUACAGAUGAUUCUCAAGCUGAUGUUGCUCCAGCUCUCGAUUCUUCCAGCCUUCCAAGUACCCUCAAUGAUAUUCACUGUGUACCUGUGCUAGUGAGAAGAAACGUUAUUGGAUUGACUGAAACUUCAGCCAAGCAGAAUUAUGCAGAUGAUUCUCAAGCUUAUGUUGCUCCAGAUCUCGAUUCUUCCAGCCUUCCAAGUACCUUUAAUGAUGUUCACUGUGAGCCUGUCCCAGUGAGAGGAAAAGAUACUGGACUGACUGAAACUUCAACUAAGCAGAAUGAUACAGAUGAUUCUCAAGCUGAUAUUGCCCCAGCUCUUGAUUCUUCCAGCCUUCCAAGUACCCUCAAUGAUAUUCACUGUGUACCUGUGCUAGUGAGAAGAAACGUUAUUGGAUUGACUGAAACUUCAUCUAAGCAGAAUGAUACAGAUGAUUCUCAAGCUGAUGUUGUUCCAGCUCUCGAUUCUUCCAGCCUUCCAAGUACCCUGAAUGAUAUUCACUGUGUACCUGUGCUAGUGAGAAGAAAUGUUACUGGAUUGGCUGAAAAUCAGGGAGCAUGGGCACCUGAAGAUUAUCAGGAGCCACCCUGGAAUGUGAACCAAGCUGACCAAUAUCUUAAAGUGUCUGAAUGUUACAAAGACUCAGUGUCUACUUCUAUUUCUUCUAAUGGAAAACAUAAUAUUGAAAGCUUGGUAAAAUCCACGUCUAGUUCUCCAAAUAUUUAUCACAGCAUCAAUUCCAAACAUUCUAGUACAAAUCAGACCUCAAGAGACUUAUGUUGCCAAAGUCCAAGAUCCUACGUCAGGCAAGAGUGUAACUCAAGAUCUUCUGGCAAGCAAGACCUGUCCACUGAAAGACAGGGCAGAAGUUCAAAAUUAUCCUGUAGGCAAGGACAUCGUUCAGGAUCUUCCCACAAACAAGAAGACUCUCCUCAAAGAGAAAAGCAUACAUCAAAAUCUCCUUACAGACAAGAACAGUCUUCUCAGAAACGAGACUGUAGCCCAAAAACCUCUCUCAUGCAAGAACAUGGUGUGAAGUCAACAUGCAAGCGAAAGCGUAGUUCAAAUUCUCCUCCAAAAAGGAAACAAAAUUCAAAAUCUCAGAAGCUGGAUAGGUGGAAAGAGAAAAAGUUGGGAAGAAGUUGUUGCUGCCAUUGCUAUUACCACUGUCAACAGAGCUGCAGUCCACCCCAAGAGAGUUUGUGGCACAGAAGUGGCUCUCCUGCUUACUUAACUUGUAAAACAGAGCACCUCAAUGUUUCCAAAGAUAUAAGAAACGUCUAUGGAAUGCCAUACCACCUUUCUCCCGAGAGGUCUAUUGCGAAUGAAAAGGAAAUAAUAGAGAGCAGACAAGUGGUGGAACCUAAGAUACCAGUAAUUAAAAAGAAAAAAAGAGCAACAUCAAAGACUGGAAGAAAGGCUUUGAAGUCAUCAACAAAAAAGAAGAAAACAAGCUCUCCUUGCCACCUUAAUGCUGAAGAAGAAACUAAUUCUUCAGUCCCAUCCUGGACUCCUAAAGACCGAUCUGCAGCAGUGCUGGCAAGAAAAGAAGAGCUUGAACAGGCCUACCUGCAGGUCCUUCUCAACUUUGGAGUAAUAGCCAUCAUGCUGGUGGAAAAGGAACCCUGCAUGAUAGAAGCAAUGAGCUCAGCACUACGAGCUAACCUGAGAAAGAUUGGAGACUACUAUGAAUGUCUGCUAAAGAACUACAUUGACAGCUUAACUGAAGCCAGCUGAGAAGACAUUGGCAAAUCUACCUAAUGUACCUGAAGCUUUUUCUAAGACAAUAAACAGGAGGAAGCUUUCUGUUCUUCAAGCCCGGGAUAAACUAUGGCCUUGGAGAAGGACGCCUUUUGGCAGUAGAGCUGAGAAACCACUUUCUCCUGCAACAGCUACAGGGUGCAGAAGUGACAGCUAGAAGACUUGAAUGUAUUAUUGUAAUAUCAAUCCAAGGACUUUGGAAGAGAAAAAUGGGAGGCAAAAAGGGUAAAAAGAUGAGUGUGAUGCCUAAUGAAUUCUGAAUGGCUCAGGUAACUCAGGUCAGGUGGUAACUGGAAUAGAAGUAGAAUCUACUAAGAUUUAUACUUUGAGUUAUAUGGAAGCUUCACGUUCUUGGUAAUGUGGAAGAAGUUCUUAUUUUAGCUUAUUAAAAAUACUGUUGAGCAGUUUUGAAUGUUGGACUUUGUGCAGAAGCAAGCUAGAGGUCUCUGUUCUGUGAUGGUCCAGUAAUACUCAAGAGAAGCCCUGGUGAAAAUAGUAUUUGCUUCUUUUAAAUCUAUGAAGUAGUAUUUUUAAAGAAAAAAUAAAAUCAUUUUGAGACAA